GCUACCUCAGCUUGCUGGUGAGACCUGCUCCCCCCCGAGUGAAGGUGGCAUCUAUUAGACGGUGGGGGAACCACCCCUUCAUCUGCCGCCCAUGUGUGCACACUUGGCUCUGCCCCCCUACCAGGCUUACCCCGGCGGGACUGGCAUGGGGUACCUGGACUUUUACUGGAACUCGGCGGGGGAAGCAGGACAUGCCUCCACUUCGGCUGGGCCAGCGGGAGCCGCGGGAGCCGGUCAGUCUCCGGAAGCAGGAGCGAAGAGGCAGACGGCAGAAGUAUCCCCAGCUUCAUCCAGUUCUGGGAAUUUCAGCCAAUUCACACCAGAUUCAGCCACCAGUCCACAUUCAGCAUCCUCGUCCCCGCAGCCUACAGCUAAGUCUCAGAAGGGCAGAGAAGAUGGCAUGGACGGGGUGAGGAAGGCCAAGAAACGCACAGCUUUCUCCAAGGAGCAGCUGCAAACCCUGCACCAGCGGUUCCAGAGCCAGAAGUACCUCAGCCCCCAGCAGAUCCGGGAGCUGGCUGCUGCCCUGGGGCUCACCUACAAGCAGGUGAAGACUUGGUUCCAGAACCGGAGGAUGAAGCUGAAAAGGUGCCAGAAGCAUAGCCUGUGGACUGAACGGGCCCAGUGCCUCACGCAAAGUGCCUUCCAGCCAAGUACUUACCUGGACAUGCACCCCAAAUUCCACCAGGGCUACCCAAUCACUGCAGCCAGCAACAUGCAAACCAUGCCUCCCCCCCGUCAGCACUAUGGAGCAGGGCAAAAUGCUUACACAAUUGUGACCAAUGAGGAUGGAGGAGUCUUUGGCAAAGGUGGGGGCACCUGCAAUGUCCAGCAGACACUGCCCGGCUUCAUUGCCCAGCACAAAGUAGACUUUUACCACAGCUGUCCUGGCAGUGUGGAAUAUCCAGGCACAAAGACGGGUGACAGCUGUAACUUUCACCACUCUGCCACCAUGGGCGCUCCUUUCCCAACCACUGCUGGCCACCAUCUCUAUCAUUCCUAAGCACUGUGAAUGUGGGG